AUGUCAGUUAAUCCUGUUAAAGUUUCAACUGCCCUAGAUCUUAAAGAUCUCGGCUUUAGUGAAAAUAGUUUCAAAUUCGAUUCCUUGACACUAGAGGGAGACCGCUUCGUCUGUAUCAAAGAUCAAGAUGGAGCGAACCUGACCGUAGCCAUCAUUGAUAUGCACAAUGGCAAUUCUGUCUCCAGGAAACCAAUGAAGGCUGAAGCCGCUAUCAUGAAUCCAAAGGAGCCAAUCAUAGCACUUAAAGCCGUUAUUGAUUCAGGAUACUUUGUUCAAAUCUUCCACCUGGAGACAAAGGAGAAAAUUGGGUACCAUCAAUUUGAAGAAAAUAUUGUCUUCUGGAAAUGGGUUUCUCAGGAUGAUCUAGCUAUUGUGACAGACAACUUUGUCUACCACUGGAAUGUGGGAAAGAGUGAUCCAAAAGUAAUGUUUGAGAGGUCAGGGAAAUUGGCGGAACAAUCAACCAAACUGGUUGGCUAUGCCUCUGAUAAACAACAAAAGUGGUGUCUUAUAUUUGGAAUAUAUUCCUUAGACCAAGGAAACACAGUGGACGGUGCUAUACAACUCUAUUCCACAGAGAGAAGGCAGCAACAACUUUUUGAGGGAUAUGCUGGAUCAUUUGGUGAACUUCGUGUCUCUCCAGAUUCCAUGGCUAAAACCGGACUAUUAGUGUUUUGUGAACAUAAACGUGGUGGAAAUCGUACAAAGAUACAUAUUAUGGAUGUUUACACACAAAGAGAUGAAAGUGAUACGCCUCCGUUGAAGGUAUCUUCAGAAAUGCAAAAAUCACCAGGAUUUCCGAGUGAUUUCCCAAUCUCUAUUCAUAUCAUCGAUGCCAUUGGUCUUGUUUGCGUCCUGACAAAGAACGGGUUUGCGCAAUUUUUCUUUGCUGCUACUGCAACAUUUCUAUUUUCUGAAAGGAUUAGUGAAUCCGCCCUGUUUGUCUCCUGUGAUAAAAAGGUUGGGGAUAAGACAGUUGGUGCUUUAGCCGUCAACAGGCUUGGAAAAAUUAUAGAAAUCUCUGUGGAUGAGGAAAGGCUCUUGCAAUCAGUUGCUCAUUUGGAUGAUGUAUCCGUUGGUCUAGCCACUUGCUACGGAUUAAAAGGCUCUGAUGAGUUACUUGUGAAAUCUUUUGAAAAUUAUUUUGCAAACAAGCAGUAUAAACAGGCUGCUUUAAUUGUUGCUACUCUUAAAUCGGAUGAAUUACGUAAUGCAGCCACGAUAGAACGCUUUAAGAACGCUCCAUCUGUCCCAGGUCAACCAUCACCAGCAUCGCAUUAUUUCUCUGUCCUGUUAGAGCAUGGUAAAUUAAACACCCUAGAGUCACUUGAAUUAACGAGACCUGUCGUUACUCAGGGUAGAAAGGAACUUGUUAAGAAGUGGUUGGAUGAGGAGAAACUAACGGAAUCUCCGGAACUUGGUGAUUUGUUGCGACAACUAGACACUGCACUUGCAUUCAAGGUGUAUACAAGAAUUGGUGAUCAUCUAAAGGCAAUAAUGUGUCUGGUAGAGGCCGGUCAAGUAAAUAAGGUCGUUCCGUAUAUUAAAAAGAUAGCUAGCACUACCAACGUUUCUUACACAACAUCCAGCUGUGGUGACAAGGUGGCCCUCGUUGAGGGUCUCCCAUCUAUUUUCCUAAUUAUAGAAAAUGUAAUUUCACGUCACCCUGGAGAAAUCGUUUCGUUCAUUUCUGAUUUAAUUGCUGGUUUAGGUAAAAAUGAGCCACUCUGUGACAUGGUCCAAGUAACUGAACUCCUGAUAAGAUUAAACAAACUGCAAGAACUUACUUCCAUACUUUUGGAUUACCUAAAGCCUAAUCUUCCUCAACAUGCUUCCCUUCAAACUAGGCUUUUGGAAGUAAACCUUCAAAAUGAACCAAAAAUUGCCGAAACAAUUUUGCAGUUGGAUGUUUUAACACACUUUGACAAACCAUUCAUUGCUAGACUCUGCGAAGAUGCGGGAUUAUAUGAUGUUGCCUUACAAUACUAUUCAAAUGCGUCUGAUUUGAAGCGCAUAGUUGUAAAAUCAUCUGGUACAAUAACUCCAUCAGUCUUGGAAAAGGCCCUUAGUUCCAUGGCGGGAGAUUUAGCAUUUGAGAUUUUACGUGACAUGGUAGAUGGAGGUGCCAACAUAGAUCUUGUUGUAUCUUCUGCGUUAUCCUUGGAAAAGAAGAUUGGUCCCCUGAAGCUUGUGGAGAUGUUUGAAGAUGCUGGUGCUUCCUAUGCACUCUUUUCAUUUUUGCGCGCCCUGCCUAUAAUGUCACAAAAGGGAGAUGCAAAUUCUGAAGAAGACGCACAGCUGGUGUAUAAAUUUAUCGAAUGUGCGAUUUCACAAAACGAAGUUGCUGAUUUAGAACGGGUAUGUAGAGAUAGUAAUUGCUACGAUCUUUCAAAUGUAAAGGAUCUUUUAAAGAGGUCAAGAUUAUCAAAUCCAAAGAGUCUUAUGAUUGUUUGUGAUAGAUUGGGAUCCAUUGCAGAAAUGACUGAAUAUCUAUAUCAGAGUGGUCUUGAUUCAUAUCUUGAAGUAUAUGUCAACACAAUAAACCCAGGAAGUAUAUCAUCCGUUGUUGGAACUCUAUUUGAUCUGGGUGCUCCAGACAAUCUCAUAUUCUCAAUCCUAAAUAAUCUUCGUGAUUCUAAUGGAAUAAAAGCUAUGAUUGACGUUGCAGAUGAACGGCAUCAGCUAAUGAUGCUUCGUAAUUGGUUAGAGACUCGCGUUUCUGAGGGGCAUCGGGAACCUGAAAUACAUACUGCAUUGGCAAAAAUUUAUAUUUCAUCGCACAACAAUGCUGAAGAGUUUCUAAAGACAAACAAACUGUAUGACCGCAAAGUUGUUGGUAAAUUCUGUGAGGAUCACGAUCCACAGUUGGCUUUCUUUAUAUAUGCUGAAGCUCAAUUUGAUGAUCAAAUGGCUAAAUUAUGUUUAACAAAUGGUAUGCACAGGCAGUUAGCUUCCUACGGUCUUGGACGGCAAUCACUUGCAUUUUGGAAAACGGUUCUUGUUAGUGGUGAUAUCGCAAAGGAUCAGGAUGUUAAUAGGCUAUGUGAGGAAGUAAUUGGACUUGCAGCCGAAAGCACAAAUACCUCUGAAAUAUCUUGUAUUAUAAAAGCAUUUAUGGAAUGCGAUAUGAAUGAACAACUUAUAUCAAUUCUUGAACAAUUACUUUUAACCCAAACACAAUUUUCUUCAAAUGCCAACCUCCAGAACUUACUCCUUGCCACUACCAUAAAGACUAACCCUGAAAAACUUGAGGAAUAUCUGGUAAAACUUGAAAAUUAUGAAGUUGACUCGUUAGCUAAAAUGGCAAAUGAUUUAGGGCUAUACAGAUCCUCAUUCCUUAUAUUGAAGAAAUCUGGACGCCAUUUAGAGGCCUUAAAUGCCUUGCUGAAGUUGGAAAAUGUGCUUGGUGAAGCAGAGGCCUAUGCAAAUGAGGUGAACAAGUCAAAUGUAUGGUUUACACUUGCUAGGGCAUACAUGGAUAAAAAAAUGCAGAAUGAAGCUAUAAAUGCGUAUCUAAAAAGUGAAAAUAUUAAUGACCAUGCAUUGAUCAAGAGAGAAGUUAAGGAUCCACAGCUAUUUUCGAGAUGGCUAAAAGAAUCUAGGAAGCUCAAGGAUAGUAGGGAAAUUGAUACUGACCUGCUUUUCCAUCUUGCGAAAAUGGGUGACAGUGAAGAAUUUACAUCCUUACUGAAUGGAAAACAUCAUGCAGACCUCAACCAAGUUGGUGACAGCCUAAUUGAAUGUAAGCUUUACAAAGAAGCUGUAAAACUCUACAACAUGAUUCCAAAUCAUGCCAAACUAGCAGUAUGCUACGUUAAUAUGGAAAACUAUGAAGGUGCUUCGAAUUCUGCCCUAAAAUCUAGAAAUCCUAGAGUUUUGAAACAUGUAUUUGAUGUAUGCUUAGACAAGGGUCAGGUCGAAAUGGCAAACAAGGUUGGCCUCGAUCUCAUUCUGUAUCCGGAAUUUUUGCCCGGUUUAGUUAGUGCGUACGAAUCUUAUGGACAUGUGGAUGAUCUCAUAACUCUACUUGGAAAUGCAACAAAGUCAGUUGCUGUGUCAACUGAACUUGCAAUUGCCAUUGCAAAAUAUCGCCCAGAAAGGCUCAUGGAUCACUUGAAAGCUGUAGCAUUCGAGUCUGAUAGUAUUAACAUUGCAAAGACAGCAAGGGAAUGCAGCAAUCUAUGGCUUUGGAAGGAAGCCAUAUUCCUCUAUACAAUUGAGGAUAGUGAUAAGGCUCUCCUAUCAAUGAUUGUCCACGCUGCACUAGCCUGGGAUCAAGAGACAUUUUUUUCGUGUGCAAAGAAUGUAAGUAACACAGAGGUUUUGUACAAGGCUCUGCACUUUUGUAUACAACAAAGACCAAUGCUCAUACCACAACUUUUGACAUGUGUAAAGACAAAACUUGAUACUGAACGCUUGUUGAAAAUAUUAAAAAAUGCAAACUGUCUCUGUCUGGCACGCCAAUUCCUGGAGACUGCAGCCGAUCGCACAUUAGCAAUUGUCAAUGAUUCGCUUUUUGAACUCUAUGUUGAAGAGAAUGAAUGGGAGCUAUUGGACAAAGCAAUCACCAGAUAUGAUGCAUACGAUCAUGCAAAACUCUGUGCCUCAUUAGAAAAUCACGGACUCUCAAAAAUGAGGGCGAUAGGAGCAAAGGUCUAUCAAAAGGACCGUAACUAUGCAAAGGCGUGUCAAAUACACAGGAAAAAUGGAAAUUACAAGGCCGCAAUGGAUACCGCUAGAACCUCUAAAAGCGAAUCGGUGGUCCUUGAUCUACUCAAAUACUUUAUUAGCAAAAGCAUGCUAGAAGAGUUUAUAGCAUGUCUCACAAUCAACUUUAGUUUAGUCGAACCAGCAGAAGCACUCGAACUUGCCUGGUUGUCAGGAAUGAACCUUGAUCCAAUCAUGCCGUUUAUCAUUCAAACACUGAGAUUUACACCCUCCAGCAAGAACAACUCACAAGAUAAGAACAAACACCUCUACUUAACAUACAAGUAA